CGACCUAUUGUAAGAUGCAACUUUGCUCGUGGAAAAUCGAAUUCCAUUCAUCUCCAGUUUGGAGAAUUGCCGAUAUUGCUGUUGAGUACAUAGUGAUCCUUUUGAACCAUCCCUUCCGGGAAAUUCCUGCUUCUUGUUGAGAAAUCCCCUGCAUUCUAAUUUUCCUUGUGAAUUUACUAACUCAUUGUUCUCGGCAUUAAUGCAAAUUUCGUGUUUGAUGCAGGGGAUAUAUUUGGACGUAUACUUCACCUUACAUUUGACAUGAAAAACUUGUAAAUUCUGAAGACCAAGUUAGGCAGGGAGUUUGACAAUUUAAGAGCAGCAUUCGGUCAUUGGAUGCCAAAUUCUGGUAGUUUGGUGGAGAACGGAGUUGAUUGUUUGGCCAAGCAACUCCUCUCCUCAGUAACGAAUAACAGUGAAAAGAAUUAAAGAAACGAAAAGCAACUCAUUUAGUGUUAGAAAACGCAGCUGAGGAUCAGUCAUACUAUCAUAGAUAUCUUUAGGAUAAGCUUUGUUGAUUUCUCAGAAUCGGCCUCUUAAAAUCUAGGCACAAAUCCUUCCAUUUGAUAAGGCCGUAACGACAGUGUAUAGGUCAUUGCCACACCUAAACUUUGAUUAUUUGGUCACACAGAAACAUACAUUCAGCUAUUCAUUGGUUUCCUCGAUCGAAAGACUGGGACUCCCAUUCUCGAUCUCAAGUAAACUCUCUACAGCUUUUCCAUGUUCAAAUGCAAGGUGGAGCAUGGAUUUACUUUUUAGGAAAUAGAUCGAGCUAGUUUUAAGGCACUCGGACCUCCUGGGUGAAUGCGCGAACAUAGUGGCUCCAGCUUCGGUGGUGGGGUUGUUAUUUAUGCUAACUGAUUCGGAUUCAUUACUUCUGCUGGUAAUUCUAGUAUUGAUUCGAUAAAUACCGUAACAGUAAACGCAAUUUUUUCGUGUUUGAUCACAUGCAGCUCAUAUGGAAAGCUGUACAGGUUAAUGAACGUACUCAGGAGCAGAAAGUUCUUCUUGCUAUGCCAUAUCGUAGAAUCAGACUUCCAGUCAACGAUCACUUGCUCUGAAGGUCCUUAAUGCCGUAGGGGAAGUUCCACGGUGCUUAUCACUGGUAAACUUAAUUUGUCUCAUUUAGCAAACAUGUCGUUGGAUCUUCCACAAGGAAAGCACAUUUCGUCCUGACGAGCACCGAAUGGAAUUGUCCAUGGAUUAUUCCUAGAUGUCUUUAUAGUAAUGAUAUUCUCUGCACAUGCUUGGGCAAUGAAUGAAGUCGCUUGUCAGUUAGCAAGCACGACGACGCAUCUAUUGCAGGAGGUUGACAAUCAGUUCUUUCCUAUGGUAACCACAAAGCAGCCAAACUAAUAGGACAUUUCUCCUGCAUAGACCCGGCAAGAACAAAGCAAACAUUGAAACAAAAACUGCAUAUUAGACAAGAAACAGCAUCCCUAAUUUAUAUCUUUCUGAUGGGCAUAACUCCAUUUUUUAGUAGGCAAUUGAUAGCCAUGUCUAAUAUAUCCCAUGGGGAAAAAGGUUCCACAUAUGAAAUUAGACAACCAGUAUAAGACAAUAGAGAACAAAGCUCCUUAAGGAUCUUAUGGUUCAGUGCUUAUCCCAAUCACCAGUCCUUUUACUUCCCCUUCCUCACAAGUUUGAUCUACUAGGAAAAGAAGCCAUAAAUUCCUGAUCUCUCAUUCAAAGGGGAAGAUGGAGCCUCGCAAAGAGAAGACUAUUUCGAAGAAGGCCAGAGAUUCUGGUCGAGGAAUUAGCCGUAAGAACAGUGUUUUAAAGGCAAAGAUGGAUGAGCUGACAAUGACAAAGGAUGAGCUUAAGAAAGCUAAGGAUACCGCAAUGCAGUCGUGGUUAGAUUCCAAACCUCUCCUUGAUGAGCUGGAAAAGGUAAAAGCGGCACUUGCAACUGCACAUAAGCGAUCUUCCAUGUCCACAAUUGUGAUCUCCGAGCUCGAGGUGCAGCUUGAGACCACCAACUUGACGAUCCGGGCCAAGAAGCAGCAGGAGCUAGAGGCCACUAGGACGAUUGACCAGCUCACCCAGGCAAUUGAGCGGGGCACUGGAGACAGAGAGGCCCUUGAGCUCCAUAUUGAUGAGCGACGCCGCCUCAGGUCCAAGCUGAAGCAGCUCCUCCGUGUCAGGCGGCAGACCCACCGUGCACUCAGCCUUGCACUGCAUGCCACAAGAGCUGAGAUGGAGGCUGCCACGGUAGCUGCAGAGGAGGCGAAGCAGCAUAUCGAACACACCGAGAAGACCAAAGAGACCGUUCAGCUCACCCAUGAGGAGUACCGAGCGCUGAAGAGGAGGGCGAGGGAGGAGACCCUGCUUGCAGAACAGCGGGUGUCGGAGGCGGGAGAGCAGCGAGCCGCAGCAGAAGCAAGCAGGCACAAGGCCCUGACAAGGAAAUACACGAGGGAGGUGGCACUGGCAUCAGCACCAGCGGCACUUGUGGAACAGGACGUAGAUGUGAGGCCCGAGGCAGAAGAGGGAGCAGAGGAUGCCAUUGAAGGUCCGGUUUUGCCCAAGGCUUGGGUGCGAGCUGGGGCUCGGAUCACGGUCGAGUCAAAUCGGGUGGGCACAGCAAGGGGGAUGAGAGGAGCAAGGACAGGAGGGAAAAGGAAGAUUCUGAAGAAGAAAAAGAAGCCAUCAAUAUUUCAACAGAUUAAGAGUUUUAUAGUGAGGACCAUUAAUAGGUUGUUCGGGUGAUUGUGUAGAACGAUUAAAUGUAAUAACUUUUCACAUGGAGAACUCAUUCUUCAUUA